GGCCCGCCCUGCGCCGAGUGUGUAGGGAUGGCUGCCGCCGCAGCAGCGCAGGUAGGCCCGGGGUUCCGCGCCUUGCAGAUCUUCCUGCCCCGGCUCCGCGCGGAAGGCCCGAGAGGUUCCCUGCGAGGCCCUGGGGCGUUCCCGGGCACCCCUCCGAGGGAGCUGUUUGGGCUCCGGGAGGCCUUUGAGGACGUGGCGCUGUACUUCACUCAGAAGGGCUGGGAGCUGCUGGAAGAUGGAGACAAGGUGCUUUACCGGGACCAGAUGCUGAGGAAUUACCAAGCCCUUGUUUCCCUGGGAUGUCGAGGUCCCACACCAGACUUGAUCUGCCGCAUCCAGCGAGGACAGGGGGAGCUUUGGGUUGGUGAUGAUAAGGAGCCUGGAGAAAGUGCGUGGUUUGAGGGCCUGUUUUCAGAUUGUUCUGACACAGAGGAUGUCUGGGACUUGUUGGCAGAGCAAAGCUCCACAUGCUUGUUUCCUGAGUCAAGCCACUCACGGCAGCCAGCAGGUGCUGAGAUGCUGAGCAGAGCUGAGCAGCAGCCUCCUGAGGAUGGGCCUGCACACUUGGAGCUGGUUCCAGCCAGAAAUCAGCUCCCUGUGCAGUGGGGACAGAAAAUAGCUGAGUCCCGGAAGACUUUUGUGUGCAGGAAAGGAUUCAAGGGGCAAAGAAACCUGAGAAGCCAGGAGGGCAGCACUCACACAGGGGAGUCGAUCUAUAAAUGUGGUGAGAGCGUCAAGGACCAACAGAAGCUCAGGGUGCGCAGUGCAGUCCACAGAAGGGAAACAGCCUACUCCUGCCCUGAUUGUGGGAAGAGCUACUGGUACAAAUACCGUCUCAUUGAGCACCAACGAAUGCACUCAGGGGAGCGCCCCCACCUCUGCCGGGAGUGUGGGAAGGGCUUCAUCCGCUCAGACCAUCUCCGCGACCACCAGCGCCUACACACUGGAGACAAGCCGCAUCACUGCCGUGUGUGUGGGAAGGGCUAUGCUCGUCUUGACCAUCUCCAGGACCAUGUGCGCAUACACACUGGGGAGAAGCCGCACUGCUGUGGCCAGUGUGGGAAGUGCUUCAUUCGCCCGGACAACCUCCGCACACAUCUGCGCGUGCAUACGGGCGAGAAACCCUAUUGCUGCGCCACGUGCGGGAAGAGCUUCGCCCGCCCUGACCACCUCCGAGACCACCGGCGCCUCCAUACAGGGGAGAAGCCAUAUGGCUGCCCCGUGUGUGCAAAGAGCUUUGCCCGCCCCGACCACCUGCGAGACCACCGGCGCCUGCACACUGGGGAGAAGCCAUAUCGCUGCAUGGCAUGUGGAAAGAGCUUUGUCCGCCUGUCCCAUCUCCAAGUCCACAUGCGUGUGCACACAGGGGAGAAGCCAUACCACUGUUUGGAGUGUGGGAAGAGCUUCCGGCAGAGCACGUCUCUUGCUGAACACCAGCGCACCCACACUGGGGAGAAGCCCUAUCACUGUGCAGACUGUGGGAAGAGCUUCAACCACUCCUCUCAUCUCCAGGUCCACCAGCGCCUCCACACUGGGGAGAAGCCAUACCACUGUGGGGAGUGUGGGAAGAACUUUAAAGACCUGUCCCACCUGCGUGUCCACCAGCGCAUCCACACCGGGGAGAAACCAUUUCACUGCACGCAGUGUGGGAAGAGCUUCCGGCAGAGCUCUGUUCUCACCAAGCACCAGCGCACCCACAGGCUAGAACCUCACAAAUGACACAGGACUGUUUUUGCCAGCUAUAGUCUCAUCUUCCUCCCCACAACCUGUGCCCUGAAGUAGAGGGAGGAAGAGGUUCCAGCACCUGUCCUGAAAUGCUCCCACCUCCUCAUUCACUAGACGUUGGGGAUAGGAGUGUUGGCCUAGGAGUCUCUUAAACAGGCUGUACUGGGGUUUACGAUCUGCAGUUGGGAGAGAGGGAUCAAGUGGGCUCAGGGCUACACUGCAGGGGCCCUAGUUUCUUCCAGGUAGGUAGCCCUUAUUGUAGCAUCCAGGGAUAUUUCUUCCAGCUUCACUGCUGCAGUUUCAAGGGAGGAGUAGAAAUCAAAAAAGACUAUGCACUUCUACUUGGCUGACGGAACCAAUUGGCACAGGAAAUAAAUACCAAGGUAUCAAGCCCAAAAUCCCUGUGAAACCAGAUGACAUACCUUCAGUCAUCCAAUCCUAGCUGUACGCAGUGAGGUGACCCUUGAAUAUUUCUUCUGCUUGCACUUUUUUACAUGACAAUUCUAGGCCCAUUCAUCCUUUCAGGUAACUCCUGGUCCUCUUGAGUUGUUAAUAACUGCUACAUUCCUGGACAGUUCUGAUCUUCAAACAGAGCUCAGUUUGGGGGACUUUAGGAGGUUAACCUUUUCCUACCAUCUUAAGAUGGCCUAGCCUCUGGCUGAGCCAACAGAGGCUGCUGACUAACUGCCACCCUUAUGGCUUUCAGGGACACUUUAUUUCCCAGACCCACCUGGAGGCUGGAAAUGUCUCCUAGAUUAUUCCUGUAUCCCAUACCUGACCCCUGUCUCCUGCGCAUCCAGAAAGCCAGCGACACACAUGGAUUGUAGUCAAGUGUGUGUGGGGGAGGGGUUGCUACCUCCCAAGUCAGAUUACUGACCCAGAAGAAGCAUCACCUGUGAUGUACCAUGCAAAGAAGCAGAGAGGUACGAACAACCUCCCAUCAGACAGCAGCUGGCACCCAGGGAAGCCACUGGGAUUAUCUGGACAACAGGUGUUUGAUCCAGUAAGAGCUUAUUGAGUUUCUUCUGGUGGUAUGCCAUGGGGUCCUACUAGGAGUUUGUAAAGCUGUGUUGAAAAAUUGUCUCAGCUUCCUGUAUGUACACUGUUUUGACUCUGACAACAUUGGUACCCACCUUAUCAGCCUGUUGUGUGAUAAUAGUAUCAUAUUAGUAUCAUGGGUUCUUUUGAAGGCUGAGUAUGGCUUUCUGUUCUGCAGGACUGAGGUUGUAAUGUACAUUUUAUGUUUUUGCAAAUCUCAGGGUGGGCAGGGAAGUAGAAGCAGUUCCUGUACAGGUCCAGAACGGGGCUGCAGCACUCAGAGUCCGUGACCUGGCCACUUUGUCCUGUAUCUACGUCUGGUCUGUGUUAGGUUGGUCAUUGCAUGGCUCCUUGUCAUGGAAAUAUUUCCUUAGUCUUGGGCAGCAGUAAAAAGGCUCAAGUUCUCCAUGCAGCUUUACUGUAUCGAGUUGUGAAAUAGGGCAGAAAGACCACGGGAUAAUAGACACCUCCGCUGAGCUGACUGUGGUUGGAUAGGUUGAAGACAUUACUGUGGCCAGUCUCACUGAGACACCAGGCCUUGCAAUGGGCCCAGAUGCCUUCUGUGCCUCAACAUCAAUACGCCUACAUCAUCACUAGACCAAAUAAUAUCUGAGAUUCAUUCACUUGUAACUCUACCAACAUCAUAUGCAGCAUCACCUGCUUACAGGGCCCCUCUACUGUCUGUACCGGGCAGAUGGGAUGA